AUGAAUACUCAUCCUGGGAAGAUUCUGAGUUCUAUAGUUUCAGCCAAGCGUCUCAAUUUGUGUUUAGCAACCUCAAAGGAUGCAUAUCCUGUUGGUACUGUCUUCCACAGUCUUGUACAUUUAAGGCGCCAUGGCCUUCAGGCUAAUAAGUUGCGCCCUUGCUGGACUGAACCGAGCUCAGUUCCUGAAUGUCUGUUGUCGAGUCUUGAAACUUUUACUUGGGAAAAGUAUGAAGGAAUAAAAGAAGAGAAAGAAGUAGCAGCAUUCAUUUUAAGAAGCGCAAGCUGUUUAAAGAAAGUAACCAUUUCAUCUAAAGCCACCGACUCCGACAAGAAGCUUGAGCUGAUCAAGGAGUUGUCAUUUUCGGCCAGACGCUCACCUACUUGUCAGCUCGCAUUUGACUGA